UUGUAAUCUUGCAUAAAAAAAGUGUCGAUUCUUAGUAUUUUCGAGUUAAAUUUCGUAGAAAAUUAGAAUUUGAACAAAAUUUUUUGUGAAGAACUAUAAAAAAUUGAAAUAUAAUGUGAAAUAACAUUUAAUUGUGAUAUUUUAAGUAUCGAAAAUAAUUUACGAUAUAUCAGAAUGGCAGAACAUGAUGAAGAAGCUCUUUUACAAGAAGAGCUAGAUUUAGAUUACGAGGUGGAUGAUGAGCUUCCUGAAGAGGAAUUAUUAGGUGACAAUGAUGAUUUUGACUUGGAGGACAAUGAAGCUUACCACGAAGAACAUGGCACUGGGGAUGAUGGCGAUAAUGAGGCGCAUACAACACAAGAACAGGAAGAGGAUAUUUUGGAUUUAGGUGUGACGGAUACUGGUAUUGAUGAUUUAGAUGAAGAGGGCUUUCAAAACAGCCAAGGAGGUGAUGAUUCAAUAAACCAAAAGAAAGAACGUGACAGAUUUCACAGUGAACGUAACACGUCGGGACAUACUCCGAUAGUUUUCGAUGGAUCUAAUGAAGACGGAAUGGUGGGAUCAACUCCGAAAAAUCAAAAAUAUGCCCAAAAAUACCAACGCAUUAUAAAUAGUGCCAAUUUUCGAGGUCGAGGUGGUCGUGGUAAUUUUCGCGGAAACAAUCGUGGAAAUUUCCAUAAUGUGAACAAUAAUCAUAACAGAAGUGGAUUUGUACAUAGUAGACUCGGAUACAGACAACAGCAGGGUACAGUAGAUAUUCAAAAUAUAAAUAAACACCAACCUUUGGAAUCAAAUAAAGUACUUAUAAAUCCACACUUUAGGGGCAAUGUUCAACCUAGUAGGGAUGCUCGUUUAGUAUGGGACACACAAGUUCAACAAACCCAACAAUAUCAACAACAACCUUUCCAAAAUUUGGGUAAUUUUUCACAACCAAUAAUGCAACAUCAACUUCAACCUCAACCUCAACAACAUCCUCCACCUCAACAGAUACAAUUAGCACCGAAUGUUAUACAUCAAACUAAUUGGAAUAAUCCACCACCACAUCAAAAUUAUCCUGUUGAAGGGCAUUAUAAUCAACAACCUAACGCUCAAGUGGGUAUGCCAAUCCCAAUUGUUACUGUACAAAAUAUACCACAACAACAGCAUCAACCAGAAUUAUAUAGAAAUAAUAUUCAACCACAAAUACAAUUUGAGCAACCAAAAUUGGGACCCAUGUUUGUAAAUAAUGCACCAAUCGUACAACAACCGCCCCAAUCACAUCCUUCGAUUGCACAACAGCAAAAUUAUGACUCGCAGAAUGAUUGGUAUAAUAAUAAUAAUACCAUAGAGAAUGAACCUAUAAAUACUACAAAUUACGGUUCUCAAUCUGAACAACAUUUUAAAAUACCAACACAGGUUGGCUUUCGUGGACGUGGAGGUUGUAUAAAUCGCGGUGGCAUACGGAUAAUAAAUCAACCGCUGCAAAAUAACACCCUUCUUCGUACUAUACCUACUGAACCAGAGUAUAAUCGACCAGUUCGAAAUCAAUAUCCUCGAAAAUUUCAACAAAAUACUGGAGCUUUUAUUGAUAAUAAUCAACAAAUGAAUAUACCUCAACAGAAUGCAUAUAAUCAACCACAUCUAGUACCCACAUAUAAUCAACCACAAUUUCAAAAUCAGCAACAAUUUACUCCACAUCCACAGCAACAAAUGUUUGCUCCAAAUGAACCUCAACAACAAUUUAUUCCAAACAAUUUUAAUCAUCCCCCUGAAAAUAUUCAAUCAUAUCCACCUCAAGCAAAUGUUCAAAUGCAUCAAAAUCAACAAUCGUACCCUCCUCAAGGUAAUGUUCAAAUACAACAUCACCAAAAUCAACAAUAUAUUCCACCAUUGAAUCAACAAGUAAUACAAAGGGCCCCAUCACAACAUACGAAUCCGCCAUUACAUAAUGGUGAGUAUUCACGACGUGUUAUACAUAAACGUCAUGGCGAGAAUCAACAAGUAAUCCGACGACCAUAUAAUCAAAAUCUUCGUUCACCACAAAAACGUAAUAAUCCCAUACACUCAAAUGAAGUGAGCCCAAAGAAAAAGAAAGCAUUAGAUUUUCGUAAUUUACAAGAAGUUCCUCGUGUGGAUGUGCCAGAUACAACAGUUUUCUUCGAAGAUAGAAAUCCAGCUCCACAGGUAGUCGAAGAAGAGGAUGAAGAAACACGAGCAUAUCGUUUACAAAUUGAAGAACAGAGAAAAUUGCGAGAGCAACUUAUUAAACAGAAAGAAGAACGUCGUAAGAAGGCUGCAGCACAAGCUAGCCAAUCUGGAAGUGAAGUGAGCACAACAACCGGUAAUAUUGCAAUUCCAAAAGUACAAAAUCAACCACAACGGAAAAUUAUUAAACCGUUAAUGGAGCGAAAGAUUUUACCACCUAUGCAACAAAAUAAAAACCGUUUAAUUGUAUUAACAAAUCAACAAAAGCAAACGAGUAUUGUGCGGCCAACACUUAAUAAAGUCAUUAAUCGAAACCUGGUCAAGAUCGAGAAUAAACAAAUAAUGCCAAACACCGUGUCCAGUACACAACCUAUUAAAAAACCAUUGCUUUUAAGCAAACGAGUUGUUCGUGCAAUACCACGCCAAACAGAAUCGGUGACAUCAGCGUCAUCAACAACGCAAACACUGACUUCGGAAACAUCUGAAAGCGGUGAUGAUGUCAUCGAUAAAGAACAUUUAACACAAUUUCUAAGCACUCGAACGGUUGUUCCAAAAGCACCCUCAACUGCGGUGAAUGGAACAAUAACAAAUAAUGCGUCAGCAUUACUUAAAACUAAUAUUGUAAAGAUUAGUAAUCUCUCAGCUAGUACAACAGAACUCAAGAUAAGAAAAUUAUGUAAAGGUGUGGGUCUUAUCCAGAAUAUUCAAAUGUCACCAAAUCUAGGGCAAGCUAUUAUUCGUUUUAAGAAUAUUGCUCAUGCACAUAAUUUCUACAAGAAAUAUCAGCGUAAAAUGGUGGAUUUAUCAUUAAUCGAUGUUACACUAAUUCCAGCAUCGUAAACAAAUUUAAUAAACAAUUGUAAUAAUGACAUUUAUCUGCAAGCUAUAUGUUCAACAGUUUUGUGUUUGCUUUAUAAAAUGCAUAGUUUUAAACCAUUGAGGAAAACACUUAUGCAAAUGUUGUUACUUAUUAUAACAAUUAGUUUUAAGUAAUAAUAAUUUUAUGUAA